AAAGAAUUUGGGUGGGAAGAUGGCAGCAGUGCGUAUGCUGAGGACCUGGAGCAAGAAUGCCAGGCUGCUGAUUUGUGUUUGCUCUUUUCAAACACGUGGUAUUGUUCAUGUUUUGAAGCCAAAAUGUGUGUAUUUCUUCGGUUACCCUUCAUUCAACUACAGUCAUCCACAUCACUUGCUGAAAACGACCGCUGCUCUACAUGGACAGAUUGUUCAGUUCAAACUCUCAGACAUUGGAGAAGGGAUUAGAGAAGUAACUGUUAAAGAAUGGUAUGUAAAAGAAGGAGAUACAGUGUCUCAGUUUGAUAGCAUCUGUGAAGUCCAGAGUGAUAAAGCUUCUGUUACCAUCACUAGUCGUUAUGAUGGAGUCAUUAAAAAGCUCUAUUAUAAUCUAGAUGAUAUUGCCUAUGUGGGGAAGCCAUUAGUAGACAUAGAAACAGAAGCUUUAAAAGAUUCAGAAGAAGAUGUUGUUGAAACUCCAGCUGUGUCUCAUGAUGAACACACACACCAAGAAAUAAAGGGUCAAAAAACACUGGCUACUCCUGCAGUUCGCCGUCUUGCAAUGGAAAACAACAUUAAGCUAAGUGAAGUUGUUGGCUCAGGAAAAGAUGGCAGAAUACUUAAAGAAGAUAUUCUCAACUACUUGGAAAAGCAAACAGGAGCUAUAUUGCCUCCUUCACCAAAAGCUGAAGUUAUGCCACCUCCACCAAAACCAUAGGACAAGACUAUUCCCAUGCCAAUAUCAAAACCUCCAGUAUUCAUAGGCAAAGACAAAACAGAACCCAUAAAAGGCUUUCAAAAAGCAAUGGUCAAGAGUAUGUCUGCAGCUCUAAAGAUACCUCACUUUGGUUAUUGUGAUGAGGUUGACCUUACUGAACUGGUUAAGCUACGAGAAGAAUUGAAACCCAUUGCUUUGGCUCGUGGAAUUAAGCUUUCCUUUAUGCCCUUCUUCUUAAAGGCAGCUUCCUUGGGAUUGCUGUUUCCUAUCCUUAAUGAUUCUGUGGAUGAAGGCUGCCAGAAUAUAACAUAUAAGGCUUCUCAUAAUAUUGGGAUAGCAAUGGAUACUGAGCAGGGAUUGAUUGUCCCCAAUGUCAAAAACGUUCAGAUCUGCUCUGUAUUUGAGAUCGCCACUGAGCUGAACCGCCUCCAGAAACUGGGCACCGCAGGUCAGCUCAGCACCACAGAUCUUACCGGAGGAACAUUCACUCUUUCCAAUAUUGGAUCCAUUGGUGGUACCUAUGCCAAACCUGUGAUAUUGCCACCUGAAGUAGCCAUUGGGGCCCUUGGAUCAAUUAAGGCCCUUCCUCAAUUUAACCAGAAAGGAGAAGUAUAUCCUGCGCAGAUAAUGAAUGUGAGCUGGUCAGCUGAUCACAGAAUUAUUGAUGGUGCUACAAUGUCAAGCUUCUCUAAUUUGUGGAAAUCCUACUUAGAAAACCCAUCUUUUAUGCUACUGGAUUUGAAAUGAAGAUUGAUAAGACAUUCUUGAACUUUUUGAGCUUCCAAAGAAUCUGUAAAGCCUAGUUGUGCCAGCACAUGUUCUCUGUUACAACUUGUUUAUACAUGAUUUGUAUUGUAUGAUUAAAGUUCUAACGUACAAUAUUCUAAGACACUAUUCUGUUAGACUUUUUACUGAAAAUGAAUAAUGAUUUAAUGGUUCUCCUGGGGCUGUCACAUUUUAUAGGUCAGAAUGUGACUUCUUAAUACAGUGCUGAGGUCUUCAUGUCAAUGGAUUGAAACUGUAAGAAAACAAAAUAUUACUAAAAGAAAAGUAGCCAUGUACAUGUAAUAUUUGCCCUCUCUUUUUCUUCUCUUUUUUCUUUUCUUUUCUCUCUUCUUUCUUUCUUUUUUUCCCUUCUUUCCUUCCUUCCUUUCUUUCUUUCAAUGAUUCUUAAUGAAAUUUUUUAAUUAUAUAUACUUGGGAAAAAAUUUGUAAAAAUAUUUUCCAUUUCCCUACAGUUAUGCUAAUUGCUAUAUAAAGUGCAAUUAUACUUAUCUUUUAAAAUUCCCCUGCAUAUAUUCUUGAUCUCUGUAGAGUUUAUCAUCUAUAAAUGUGUUAUUUAUAAAAAUUAGCAUCUUUGAAAAAGAAAAAAAUGUCACCUGGUCUUAAAAGUGCCCAAUUAUAGUUUUAUAAACAGUAAAGUUGUUAAAAGUAUGUGUUUAAAAUGGUUAUCCUUUUAGAAUUUUGGUAAUGCUUUCGUGGUUAUGCUUUCCGCUUUCUGUGGGAACUUCACCUUUACAAGCUUGCUUCAUGUAAAGAAGAUUCUAUAUGUAGUGAUACUGACAUACUUUUAUUUUAUAACGUACUUUUAAUUUUCUUCAUCUUCAAGUAAAGAAAUUAAAGUCAAUUCCAUUGUCCAUAUACUUAAGUGGUUCAUGAGUAAGUGGAAAGAGAAGAAUCUAAUUGUUAAUUAUGAACAUAAAAAUAAAUUUAAAAGUUUUAUAAAAAAAAAAAA